AUGGCCUUGCUUGGGAGGGAUAAUAGUGAGGACCUUAAUUAUUCGGAGGAGGCUCAACCUCUGACUAGUCCUGGAGCUUUAGAGGAGGGUCUCAACACCUCCCAGGAUGAUUCUGAUUACAUCGUACAAGAUCCAAGUUUCUCUCACGUCGUUGACGUCCAUGAAGAUCAGAUGCGUGCCGAAGAGCGUCAACGAAAGGAAAAUUUGAAUGAUGAUGUCGAAAAAAUGUUUGAACUUCCUAAAAAGUUUGACAUUUCUUCUCUAAUAUCGGGAUCACCGGCAGUUGUUUCCGAGCAACUUACUCCUGAGCAUGUCACCACUAUACAAGGGGAGACAAGGCUGUAUCGUGAAGAGGACUAUACAAGUCAUCGUCGAGACUCCUUCCCCCAUAUCCAUCACCCUCUCAAAGCCCUACGCAGCAGUCGUUCCAGCAAGAGCAUCAGGGAUGAUAAACCCAAGAAGAAGAAGAAGAAAAAAAAGAAGAGGAAGAUGCACACAGCCAAGAGUUUUCCAUCCCGAUCUGCCACACUGUCACCACCAAUCCCUGAAGUAGAGGUCGAGGAAUAUGAUAUUUCCCCACCUGGAUCCUCAUCCUCUUCUAUCUCUAGCGAUGAUUUUGACGACUACAGGGGAGAGGAUGAUAUUGACCUGCCAUUGUUGGUGAUUACUGAGCCAGAGAGAAAUCAUAAAGAGGCUUCAUCACACGACGACAAAGUUGGUUUCUAUAUCGGGGACAGAGCAACUUCACCUCUAUCUGACUCUGACAAAGAGAAGAAAGAAGAGGCUUCAGCAAAACCUUCCUCUCCCAAUAAAAUAUUUUAUGUCGGUGAUUUUGCAGAUGAACCUCUCCUGUCUCCAUUUGCGAAUGAUGACCGACGUAAAAGUGAUUUCGGAAUUAACUAUGAAGAGCAGAAAUUGAGCGUGAAGUUUUCCAUUGGUGCUGAUGAAAGUACACCUACACUGAAGAGCAUUAAUUCUGAGGCUAGUCAAGGGAAUGGAAGUAACAAUGCGCUUCACCCUUCAAGCAGAUCUGAGCCACGCAUCCAAAAACAUCGCCAUAAACACCAUCACCAUGACCCUUUCAAACAGGAGGAUCUGCUGUUACGAAGACAAAUUGGGAGUGAAGUUAAGAUGGAGGAUUACCUCAAACAUGUUCCUACAGAAACUGAGGAAGCCAUCUUACUGCAGAAGGCUGAUUUGGAUGAUAUGACUAGCCAUCGUUUGGAGAAUGUACGUGGAAUUCGACGUCACAAAAUAGCCAAGCAUAAUGCUGUUGCUUCCAUUGUUCAUAUUGGGAAAUCUGAUAAGGGGAAGAAAAAACCAAUUCUGAAAAAAAAGAAGAUAGAUCACAGUCCACAUGAGGUGUUCGUCGAGCUUGACGAGUUGUAUCUAGGUGAUCACAAUGAUUUUGAAUGGCGGGAGAAGGCCAGGUGGAUCAAAUUUGAGGAAGAUGUAGAAGAAGGAGCUGAAAGAUGGGGCAAACCUCAUGUAGCCUCUCUGUCAUUUCACAGUCUUCUGGAACUCCGACGAGGACUUGAGAAUGGUUGUUUGCUGUUGGACCUGGAUGCUACAGAUUUACCAACAAUAAUUAAUAGCAUCAUCGACACCAUGAUUGUACAUGAUCAGCUUCGACCGGAGAACAAAGGGAAUGUACUCCGCACACUUCUCCUGAAACACAGACAUGUUGGAGAGGGAGUGAAAACACUAAUACGUCGGAAUAUCUCAUAUAUGAAUCUUAGAGCAAUGGGAUCGGACAAUAAAAACAGACAUCAGGGAAACAAAUUAUCAUUAAUGAAGUCAUUUUCCUCGGCAAGUUUUGGGAAAACUGCAUCAUCUGUUUCCAUCCCAAUGCUGGAACGUAAAGAAAACAAAGGUGACAAAGUCAAUGGAAAAGGCGGUAAAAUAGAAGCCAAGGACCUGCAGUUUGUCAAGGUCGAUGUGGACAAUAACAUGCAGACUGAUGGCGUUCACAUUGGUAUUACAACACCGGAAACAAACCAGCGGAACAUCCGGGACAUCACUCGACGUAUCCCAAAGGGUGCUGAGGCCAUCACUGUACUUGUAGGGUCAGUUGACUAUUUGGACACACCUACAAUGGCAUUCGUCCGAUUGGCUGAAGGACAGAUACUCGAAAAUCUGACAGAAGUUCCACUUCCUGUGCGAUUCUUGUUUAUAUUACUCGGGCCGGAGACAACAUCCAUGGAUUACCAUGAAGUUGGACGAUCAAUUUCAACGUUGAUGUCAAACCAGGAUUUCCAUGAUGUAGCGUACCGAGCAGAGUCGCGUGGUGAAAUACUACAUGCCAUUAAUCAGUUUCUUGAUGAAUCUAUUGUGCUUCCCCCUGGUGACUGGGACCAGAAAACACUUCUCCCUAUAGCUGAAAUGAACAAAAAGAGAGCAAGAUUAAGAAAGAGGAAAAAACAGAAAGAAGAAGAGAAAAAAGCAUUGCUGAAGAAAGUUGAGGAGGAGAAGAUCCCGUCAGAUCCCCUGAAGAGGACACGUUGUUUAUUUGGCGGCCUGAUCAACGAUAUGAGACGCAGAUAUCCUUUCUAUGUCAGCGACUUUACAGAUGCUCUCAACCUCCAAUGUGUUGCAGCAUUUGUCUUCAUCUUCUUUGCCUGUUUUGCUCCCUGUAUUGCAUUUGGAGGUCUUCUUGAGGAGAAGACAGGAGGUUACAUUGGAGUAACAGAAACUGUGAUCAGUACAUCAGUGAGUGGUAUCAUAUUUGGAUUGUUUGCCGGGCAGCCCCUGAUGAUAGUGGGUGCUACAGGUCCGGUUCUAGUCUUUGAACAGUCUUUAUACAAGUUCUGUAAAAGUAAUUCCAUCGAAUUCCUCACGAUGCGAGUGUGGAUUGGAUUCUGGGUAAUGAUGAUCUCAGCCUUCUUUGUAGCCAUAGAAAGCAGCUUCUUGGUUAGAUACAUCACACGAUUUACAGAGGAAAUCUUCGCCAUUCUUAUCUCUCUAAUCUUUAUCUUUGAAGUCAUCAAAAAACUAGAUAAAACAUUUUAUUAUCAUCCUCUGGUGCCAUUGGUGGAUUAUUGUAAGGAUUUCGGCUGUAGACCUGAUAAUGAAUCCAUUUUGUAUAAUUCCUCAUAUUUGUACACAAACACUUCCAACACAAACUUUUCAUCAGAUCUCAUCUACAAGCAUCCAAAUAACUCGGAUCCCUAUGAUGAUGAGGAUGACAGUGACCACAAACAUAAAAUCCCUCAACAACCAAACACAGCACUGAUGUCGUGUAUCCUAACUAUAGGCACCUUCCUUCUGGCCCACUUCCUGAAAAUAUUCAGGAACAGUAAAUUUUUAGGCAGAAGUGCAAGGAGAGCUCUGGGUGACUUUGGGAUCGUCAUAUCUAUCAUCCUGAUGGUUCUGCUGGAUUACUCUAUGCCUGACAUAUAUACACAGAAAUUAUCUAUUUCCAAUACCUUUGAGCCGACGUCGCCCAAUAAACGUGGCUGGUUUGUACAUCCGCUUGGUACAAAGAAGCCUAUUCAAGUCUACAUUAUAUUUGCAUCAUUCAUUCCAGCUUUCCUUAUAUUCAUUCUACUGUUUCUUGAAACCCAGAUAACUGAAAUGAUAUUGAACAAGAAAGAGCUCAAGAUGAGGAAGGGGUCUGGGUUUCAUCUGGACCAGGUAUUGAUGGGGGUGAUGACAUUUGUGUGUGCCCUGUUUGGGUUACCCUGGAUGUGUGCUGCCACAGUACGUACCAUUGCGCACACAUCAGCUUUGAGUGUUAUGAGUCGUACCCAUGCUCCCGGUGAAAAACCUAAAUUGGUGGAAGUCAAAGAACAACGAGUCACCAACAUACUGAUGAAUGCUAUGAUAGGUGUGUCCCUGACUUGGGGUCCUCUUCUACGGGCGAUUCCUAUUGCUGUACUGUUUGGAGUAUUCCUAUACCUUGGCGUGUCCUCCUUGAGUGGGGUCCAGAUGUUCAAGAGAAUGAAACUGCUUCUCGUUCCAAACAAGUAUCAUCCUUCUACCAGUUAUGUCAGGCGGGUGAAGACGAUGAGGAUGCACCUCUUUACAGUGGUACAGGUGGUGCUGUUGUUAUUGCUACUCAUUGUCAAGAUGUCAGCCGCUGCUCUUGCAUUCCCUCUAUUUGUUAUCCUCUUAAUUCCUCUUCGUCUCAAACUUCUCGGAUAUUUUUUCAAGCCUAGUGAACUUGAAGUGCUUGACAAAGAAGAAGAGGACAGUGAUUUUGAUGAUGAAGAUGAUCCAGAUUUCUACCAACAGGCUCACAUGCCGGUGUAG